GGCCCUCGGCGUUUCUCCAGCGCCAAGAUGGCUGCCUUUUGGCGUCUCCAGCGCUGUUGAAUGGAGAAAGCUUUAUUGUUCCCUUCGGGCAGGAGUGUUCGUGUCCUCUAUGGCGCUGUCAAUAAAGAACGGCAGUUUGAAUCGGUACUGAACAGUGGCCCUGUCGCAGAUGGUCUCCUAGUCGCACUCUCUGAGGCUCAUCUCCCAUGCCACUUCAUCAUCUUGUGCGUGCUCGGUUUAUAGGCAUAUCCCUAGAGGACUGGAGUCUAAAGGGCGAGAGGAAGAGGUCAAUGGUGGAGCCACACCAUGGAACUCCCCAACUACAGCCAGCAGCUGCUUCUGCAGCUCUAUUCCCUGUGCAAGGAGCAGCGGUUCUGUGAUUGCACUAUUUCCGUCGGCAACAUCUACUUCAGGGCCCACAAGCCAGUUCUGGCAGCGGCCAGCCUCCUGUUCAAAACCCUGCUGGACAGCACAGAUGCCAUCUCCAUCGAUGCAUCUGUGGUGAGCCCUGAAGAGUUUGCCCUCUUGCUAGAAAUGACAUACACUGGCAAGCUACCUGUUGGCAAGCACAACUUCUCCAAGAUCAUCUCCUUAGCAGAUAGCCUGCAGAUGUUUGACGUGGCUGUUAGCUGUAAAAAUCUUCUGACCAACCUUGUAAACUGCUCUGUCCAGGGACAGGUGGUAAGGGAUAUCUCAGUGCUGUCCUCAGAGGCAGGUAGCAAGGAGUCAGAGAAACCUCAAGUAGAAGUCCUUUCCUCUGAAGGUGCUGGGGAGCCCUCAUCUUCCCUGGAAGUUCCUGCCAUGCCAGUGGGCCCUGAGAAAGCCAGGACCCAGGAAGUAAUUCACAUAGCUACCCAAGAGAUAAAUGCAGACCCUCCUGUUGCCCAAGAGGUUCAGGUGGCUGCAGAAAUCCCAGGGACGACUCCUCACACAGCUGAAGUUUGUUCCCCUUCCCCUGUUGGACAGAUCCCAAGUGAGGCACAGGGAGCCAAUACAGAAGCAGAGUGCGAGAGAAAGCAGGACCAACUGAUGCUCCUGCUAGAACAUGAACGUGUCUUCUCAAGUGCAGCCUUGGUCACCCCGGACAUGCUGAGAAGACUGGAAGGAUGCUCAGAGAUUGGAGGGCCUCAGAAGGAGACCAUAAUGGAAUGUCUCCAGGGUGAAGGAGGAGGCUCAGCUUUCCAGAGAAUUUUGGACAAAGUGCACAGUGGGAGCCUGGAUGUGCAGGUGGCACUGUCACUGCUGAGACUAUACCAGGAGUCCAGGCCUGCAGAGAGAGCGCCUCAGAUUCAGCCAGAUCAGCCAGAAGGGAGCGCAGGAGAGGGAAAGACCUUGUCUGUUCUGUUACUGGAACACAAAGAGGACCUGAUCCAGUGUGUAACACAGCUCAGACCUAUUGUGGAGUUCCUGGAAACAGCCAAGGAGGAAUUCCUGCCAGGCUCCGAAAAAAGGGUGAUUCAGAGCUGCUGUGAGGGCAGAACACCCAAGGAGACAAUAGAGAGUUUGUUGCACAGAGUGACUAAAGAGAAGACCCUGCCUGCCAAGAGUCUGGUAAAACUCCUCCAGGCUGUGAGGACAGCAUUCCCAAACCUGGGCCUCCUGCUGGACAAUUUGCAGAAAGUAGCGGAAUCCCCCAGCACCACAGGCCUGGCCAGAGUCACCUGUGCAACUGAGUGGACAGAGGAGCCCAAGAGGCUGUGCGUUCCAGCAGACCGUGUGGAUGGAUCCGCCCCUGACCCUGAUGCUUACGGAGCCGAGCUGUUGAGGAAGUACCAUGAAAACCUGUCUGAGAUCCUGAUGGACAACCAGGUGCUACUAAAGGUGAUCUCACGGGUGACGAGCUUGGCCCCCAGGGACAGAGAGGUCAUGCAGACCCUGGUGAGACAGGACUCUGGCUCGGAUGGCUUCAGUUCCCUGAUGGCAGCAGCUCUGGAAAGGCAGACUCUCUCUGCAACAGCCAUUUGGCAACUGCUGCUAGCGGCUCAAGAGACUGAGACCUGCCCACUGAAGCUUCUCCUGGAGGAAGUAGGAAGAGAGGCUGGCGCUGGGGCUUUCUUCCGGGCAGUGACUGCCCCAGAGAGCACAGUGUUGGAAACCAUCCUCAGGCACAGCAAGCUGGUCCAGGAGGCCAUCCAGCAGACGGCAGGGCGUGAGCACCUCUCUUCAGAGGAGGAACACCUGGCAGAGACCGUGAACGAGAUGCUGAGCAUAUCCUCUGAGACAGUGAGCCCCGAAGCCUCCCUGAGAGUGCUACUGAGCAGAGCCAUGGAGAAAUCUGUCUCAGCCUCUGCGAUCUGUCACCUCCUAUGCAGUGUCCACAAGUCUUUCCCUGGCCUGCAGCCCCUCAUGCAGGAGUUGGCACAUGUUGGUUUCCUUACCAAGGAAAAUGGAGAGGAGAGGUGGAAGGUGACUGACCGGCUUCCCCCUGGAGCCAAGGGCAAAGCAGAAGAAGCAGCCAAGGCAGCCGGAGAAGACUGCCAGGCCACGGAAGAAAAGGAGCAGGGGGAGCCUGGGCCCGUGCCAGAGCCACAGGAGAAAGACACUUCUGCCUCCCCAGACUCUGCCAAGAAGAGCUUCGUCUGCAAAGCCUGUGACAAGAGCUUCCAUUUCUACUGCCGUCUGAAGGUGCACAUGAAGCGCUGCCGGGUGGCCAAGAGCAGGCAGGGGCAGAGUAAGGAGGGCAGCGAGACCAGGGACCCGGAGAAGGAGCCGGAGAAGCAACAGCCGGAUGCCCGCGGUGCAGGUGGAGAGCCAGAUGCCCCCAAGAAGAAGAAGAAGCGACUGCCAGUGACCUGUGACCUCUGCGGAAGAGAGUUUGCCCAUGCCUCAGGCAUGCAGUACCACAAACUGACGGAGCACUUCGACGAGAAACCUUUCUCCUGUGAGGAAUGUGGGGCAAAGUUUGCAGCCAACUCUACACUAAAGAACCACCUGCGACUUCACACUGGGGACCGCCCAUUCAUGUGCAAGCACUGCCUCAUGACCUUCACACAGGCCUCAGCCCUGGCUUACCACACCAAGAAGAAGCACUCGGAAGGGAAAAUGUACGCAUGCCAGUACUGCGAUGCUGUGUUCGCCCAGUCGAUCGAGCUGUCCCGGCAUGUGAGGACCCACACUGGGGACAAGCCGUAUGUCUGUAGGGACUGUGGAAAGGGCUUCCGGCAAGCCAACGGCCUCUCCAUCCACCUGCACACCUUCCACACAGACAUAGAAGAUCCUUAUGAUUGCAAGAAAUGCAGGAUGAGCUUCUCCACACUGCAGGACCACCGGAAGCACAUCCAUGAGGUGCACUCCAAGGAGUAUCACCCCUGCCCCACGUGUGGGAAGAUCUUCAGCGCCCCGUCCAUGCUGGAGCGGCACAUGGUGACCCACGUUGGAGGGAAGCCCUUUAGCUGUGGGAUCUGCAACAAGGCCUAUCAGCAAUUGUCUGGGUUGUGGUACCACAAUCGGACACACCACCCAGAUGUGUUCGCUGCUCAGAACCAUCGGUCACCUAAGUUCUCAUCGCUGCAGUGCAGCUCCUGUGACAAGACCUUUUCCAACACCGUUGAACACAAGAAGCACAUCAAAACAGAACACGCAGAUCUGAAGUUCCAUGAGUGUGACCAGUGUAAGGAGCUCUUCCCCACACCAGCUCUGCUGCAGGUUCACGUCAAGUGCCAGCAUUCAGGGUCACAGCCAUUCCGGUGCUUGUACUGUGCGGCCACCUUCCGCUUCCCUGGAGCCCUGCAGCACCACGUCACCACAGAGCACUUCAAGCAGUCAGAAAGCACCUUCCCCUGCGAGCUCUGUGGCGAGCUCUUCACCUCCCAGGCCCAGCUUGACGGCCACUUGGAGUCUGAGCACCCAAAGGUGACAGGCACUGAGACCCAGGCAGCUGCCUCUCGAGUGGUGCAGGUGAUCCAAGCUCCAGAGCCAGCAGCCCCGGCCGAGCAGGUGAUCACGUUGGAGGAGACACAGCUUGCCGGCUCACAGGUGUUUGUGACCUUGCCAGAUUCACAGAGCUCUCAGAACAGCUCCGAGCUUGUGGCAGUGACAGUGGAGGAUUUGCUGGAUGGUACUGUCACAUUGAUCUGUGGCGAGGCCAAGUGAGUGGCUACUCCUUCAGUAGAGGAAGAAGCCUGUGCUGUACCAGCAAGGACGCUCACGGCCUGCCUCCGUGCCAUACCAGCAAGGACGCUCACGGCCUGCCUCCGUGCCAUACCAGCAAGGAUGCUCAUGGCCUGCCUCUGCUCUACUGCUUGGCUAAGCUCCCCCCUGGUGCUCUCACUUGAGAAACAGAGGCUUUGUCAUUUUCCUGGGAUCCACAGUGUCUGUGCUCCACGAUGACACCAGUACUACACCCUGUGUGGCAGAGCCUCGAUCCUCAGGCUUUCACCUAGGCCUGGAUCCCACCCCCAGGCCCCCAGGAAGUCUGGCUUCUGGAAUCAGUCUGAGGGAAUCAGAGUAGAGGGGAGCUGGUGGCCAGAAUGGCCAAGGAGAUGCAGCAUGCUCGCUGCCCUCAGGAGCAGGGGAGUUACCUAAGUCUGAGACAACAGAGGGCCACAGACACCGCCAGUGCCUCUGCCAGUGAGGCCCCCACACAGCCUCCGGGACCCCAGCAUGGCAGCCUGUCCUCCCCACCCCCUGCUCAGGCGCCCCUUGGAGGCUGUAGCACAGGUGGUCAUGUUAACAGUGCAGGGUCACAUCAGCAUCCCUGAUCCUUCCUGGGAGGCCAUCCAACUGCCUCUGCUUGCUGGGUGUUCCUGGCAUUCCCUAUCAGAUGCCCCCUGUGAUCCUCAGGCCUUCCACACCUUCUACUAGUCAAGUCUGAACUGUCCCAGCCUGGAGACUUCUUGCUGACUUACUCUGUAUCAGGUGAUAGCCUAAUGAAGCAGCCCCUGGAGGCAGGCCUGUGCCUGCAUGUGACGGAUUAGAAGCAUCUGAAGUGGCCUCUGCUUCUCCUGUCGCUGGCCCACAUGCCCGGUGCAUGGCCUGCUCCCUGGGUCCCCUGGCUGCAGGCUUACUGCAGCACCAUGCUUCUUUCAAGUCUGAGUGUCACAGAGCCUUUUAUCUUCAGUUCCUGACAUCCAGUCUGGUAAUUGAUGGCUUGUGGAAUCCGGUUGGAAGUGCAAUUAGAUGGAUGUUGGUUCCUGCUGCUCAGAGAGAAGGGCUUGCAUUUAGCUUGCUUUUCUAGAAGUCCAAAGAGAGGAGUGGGCUAUCACAGUAUUUGCCCAUCAGGCGGGGCUCCCUGUCACCUGGUGUGGCUGACUCCCACCAGAGGGAAUGCCCUGAUUGGACACUCACCUGCUCUCAGAGAUAAGCCCACACCUUUCUGCCCAGUGCAACUCACAUGAGCAUGUGCAGAGAUGAGGGUCAAGUCUGGUCAUGGCGGAGGUGCCUUGUCACCAUCCCUCAGCUGGCUCCCAGGAGGACAGGAUGCAGCAGCUUAACCCACAGCUGUGUUCAAGGCCUGCUGCCCUUUGGCCUCAGCUUGGCAAAGGCAGCACUGGUGAGUGUCUAGGCUGGAUUCCAGCUCUGGCCAGCCUCUCCCAGUCAGCCCCACCCUCCUCAUUGCAUAUGCAAAUCUUUUUGACCUUAUCAGCUAGGGAAUCUUCCCUUUCUAAAAGUAAAUGUUUUUCAAAGCAAGUCAGCCUCAGAAACCAAACGCCGACCAGAAGAUGGUGCUCUAGCAUCAAGACUUCACCUCCCUGGUUUCUCCACCAUCCUAGCCUGCUGGCUUUCAGGCCCAUGCCAGACAACCAGGGGAGCUCUUGAUGAGUAGUGGGAUGGUUCCUCCGUCCGACUGCAUCACAUAGCCCACUAAGAGACAGGAGAGGCACGUGCGUCCAGGCUUCUUGUCAGGAACAGCACCUCACAAGCUGUGGCGGACUUAGGAACUGUAGCGAGUGUCACCAAAAAAGUCUCUUCCUGGCAAAAGGCAAGCCUCACAGAGGUCCUGAGAGAGAAUGUCAGUCUCUAAUACAAAGAGCUGUAAGUCAGAGCCUGAGUGUCAGGCCCUGUUCAGCCUGAGAAACCCAGUCUCUGUUUCCCGGAACCUGGGUGCUGUGCUACCUUCAGUCAGCAGAUCGUGGCUGGCCGUGGAGAGCCUUAGUGCAGGGCAGCUUGCUUGAUGCUCAGUUCUGCAGUGCACACUGCUGGAGGUGCAGCCAUGCUGGGUCUGGACGACCAAUUCCUGUCCCCAGUGAGUUCUGUGCUGGUGACUAGCAACCUCUGCCCCAGUUGUCUGAUGUUUUACAGUGGCUCUAAAGAAGGUGACAGGCUCCACCGCUGCCCCAGACCUGCCACAUGGGCUCCGUAGUCCAUGUCGCUUUUGCAAUGGAACUGUGGCUCCGUUUGCUUCAUCCUCAGGAAUACUGCCUGCCUAGCCCUCGGGCAGCAGCUAGAGGAGUCUCCAGGUCCCUUGGAAUUUGUGUAUUUGAGCAGUGGGGCCCCAGUCCUCCCUAAGGCUCCUGAUCCAUCCACCAAAGGGGAAGGCAGAGGGCGAGCUGGAGUGUGGUUGGCCCAUCGCUGGUGUGUGGACAGCAAACCGGCGACUGAAGAGCAGACUGCUGUGAACAGGUGAGACUUGCUGUCCACAUGCACGAGCAGAGCCUAGGCCAGCGCCGCAGAUAAAGGUCUCUCUCAGGUGUUUACAGGGCUGGACUCCUCCACCUUCUAAGCCGUGUGUUGGAAAAGUUUUGAGUUGAGUCAGUACUCAAGCCUGUGAUGUAAGUUCUGUGCCUGUGUGUUGUGCUGUCCAUUCUAAGGAAGCCUCCAGCCCAUGCUGACCACAGGAGAUACCGCAACCUUGUCCCUAGGGCCUGAGCACUGAUGUUUAGGGCUGAGAUGAGGGACAAACAGAUGCCAAAUGAGGGGGAAAGAACUCUGUAGCCCUGGGGAUGGAAGGGUGGGCCUUUAAGUUUCUUAUGCCUAAGCACCUGAACUGACAAAGGAUGGAGACCCUGGCGGCCCCACUUAGAGUGGGCAAGCGCUUGUCGGGAACAGGAGUGCUUCUUCUGGAACUAGAACGUUGUCAGUGGUGGAGAUGGCGUUGGUUUGCUCCAGUCAGCUCUCCCAUGCCAGCUUUGUUCUUCUGGGCCCUGUAUGUCGCAGCAGACACUUGGGAGAGAUUGGGAGUAAAAGACUUAGGGCUGAGGGAAUCAAAAGCGGGUUAUAGUUUUGUUGCUGUGGAAACCUUGGGGCACUGAGGACUUAUAGUAAAACUCAGAAACUCAAACUUAACUCCGUCUAACUGGGCCUAUAAAGACGAGGAGAGUGGUGAAUUCUUUGGGGACUGUGUUGUUGAGGAAAUCAUUCCUUGAGCAAUUUUACAUUGCCUCCAAAUUGUGAAGCUGGCCGCAGUCUCCCUGAGCAAGGCCGCUGGUGCUUGUUUGUACCCAUGGCCAGGACAGCCAGCCCCGUGAGAUGUGUAAACUGAUGGCAGACCGGAACUGCUCAACAUGCACUGUGGAGAGAAAUAAAGUCUGUACUUGGAA